UUUAUGGCAACAGGGCUGGCGGCAUUCAUCGAGGUUUUCGCUUUCCUGUGGUCAUCGCAUCGGGUUAACUGCGCAGCGGAAAACAGGUGCGGGGACUAAGGAUAACGCUGUCAGUAAUUAUAGGGAUUAUUGAUUGGCAAUAUGGCCUGCCGCACCUCGUUCCUGAAAGCAAUUCUCAUCAUACUCAAUGUGCUGCUUUCGCUGAUUGGCGUCACUCUGAUUGCCCUGUCCGUGUACGAGCUGAACAGCUCCACGCCGGGCACCUUCGAGCACAUCGCCAUCGUUGUCCAGAUCUUCGUGGGCACCUUUGUCGUGCUGACCUCGUUUCUGGGCUGCUUUGCCUCGGCUCGGGUUUCCCUCGGACUCGUUUGGAGCUAUGUGAUCUGCCUGCUCAUCCUGUUGUGCCUGCAGAUCUACAUCAUUGCGGCGGCCCACUCCACGGACUAUGUGAAGCGGUCCAAGAAGGACUUCCUCGCCAUCUGGGCCGAUCCGAGGGCAAAUAAAGAACGCAUAUCACUCAUUGAGCAGAAGUACUCGUGCUGCGGAGAGUUGGGCUACCAUGACUACAUUCUGAUGGGCCGGGGAAUACCCAGUAACUGCUACAAGUUGUUCUUGCGGCAUGCGGAAUUCCUCUUCACCGAGGGCUGCCUGCAGGCCGUGCAAGCUCAUGCCACAGACAACGUGGUGAUCGGACUCAUCAUCAAGUGGAUGCUGUUGGUGGUGGAGUUCGCCGCCCUGGGAGCCGCCACGCACUUGGGCAUCACGGUGCGCAAUAAAUUGCGGCGCGAGAGAUUCUAACAGGUCCCCUGCGAAUCACCGAAAUCGCUUGUUGUUGGCAACGCAUAAACCAAUAUGUAUGAAUUUUUAUAACAGCUUAAGAUGAUCUGGAGGCAACAAAAACGUAGAAUAAAAAAUAAACCAAAAUCAAAA